AUGCGGCUACCAGAUUAUGUGUUCGCCGGAUUGGUUUGCCUCCCGAUAGCUUUUGCCAAUCUUCUAGGGUCGUCCUACCCUCCUCCUAGGGACUUGUCCAGCAGUCACAGUCUGGUCGUUGCCAGCUGGAAGAACCUGACUUCCCAACUCAACACCGUCCUUGCCGAUAACCAUGCCAACAAAACGAGUCCAGUGUCUGCACUGAAAAACCUCACAUUCUCUGCUGGGUUGUUUUCCACACUUGACCCGAAAGCAAAAGAUCUUCAAAUCCACCACACCGCAAAGGAAGUUGCAAACUCCCCUGUUGGAGUGAGGAAGGUUGAUGGAAACAGCAUCUACAAGAUCGCUAGUGUAUCGAAACUCUUUACUGUUCUUGCUGGACUUAUAGAGUUGAAACCCCGGGACUGGGACCGUCCACUCACCGACAUCUUCCCGUUCUUAGCCGAGCAUGUUCAGAAACAACACGAUAAGUUCAGGCUUGUCCAUGAUGUUCAAUGGGACAAAAUCACUCUCAAAUCCCUUGCGGGCCAGAUGAGCGGCAUACCACAUGGUGCGACCGAAGACUUCCUCCAAUCCUUUGCUCUAUACAAGUAUAUCGAAGGCUCUCACAACCCCGCCUUGACUGAUCCAAAUUUCUACGGUCUUCCACCCCUGAACGAGAGCGACUUGUCACUAUGGCCACCAUGCUUGGGUGAACAGACCAUGGGCUGUAACCCAGUCUCCUGGGAUGUGUCAUAUGCCCCAAGACCUCCAGUUUUCCUUCCCUGGCAAAGCCCCGAGUAUGCGAACGGUGGUUAUAUCUUCCUCGGUCUCGCAAUCUCAAAUCUCACGGGAAAGACCAUGGAUGAAUGGUAUAAUGAUUCAAUUUUCGAACCCCUGGGUUUGAAGUCCACCUACUCGUCUCCCCCUGCCAACUCCACGCGCCCCCAUUCCGUCCUUUCGGAGAAGCUUGAUACACAAUUCACACCCGACGGAGGCGCUACGAAGCCCUCUGGUGGAUUGUUCUCUACAACCAACGAUCUCUCCAAGCUUGGUGUCGCCCUUCUGAAUUCGACCCUCCUCCCCUCUGAAAAGACACGAGAAUGGAUGAAACCUGUCACUCACACCUCGAGUCUACGCUACUCAGUCGGCUCACCAUGGGAGAUCCAUCGAUUCGUCCACGCAGGAUCAGGCGUAGUCACCGACCUAUACACGAAACUCGGGGACUCCGGAUACUACGGUGGCAUCGUGGUCGUGAUACCAGACUUCAACGCCGGCUUCACUCUCCUCAGCGCCAGCACCCAACCCAGCCGCAGCAGCGAGGUCCUCUUCGCUAUUGACCUCAUCACCGAUGCCAUCCUUCCAGCGCUUAUGGCGCAAGCCGCAGCGGAAGCAGAGCAGAAUUUUGCUGGAACAUACAAAGCCGAUGAACUGAAUUCGUCAUUGACACUCGCUGUUGUGCCGCCUACCCAUCCUGCGCCUGGUUUGAAUAUCACUUCGUGGAUUAGCAACGGCACGGAUAUCACGGCUUUGGUGCCUAUACUGUUUGGUGAUGUCGGCUCACGACUUGUGCCUUCUAUUCUCUCCGAGAAGGCCAGUGGGGAAAUCGCUUUUCGGGGAUACACUGCUGCUCAGGGUCGGAAUCCUGGAGUGGGUUCCUCGUCGAGUCUUUUCUCUUCUUUCUAUGAUUUGAACGAUUGGACUAUGCUAGACCAGUUGACUUGGGGCGGUAUUGCUACCUCGCUGUUCGUGUUUGAUGUUGAGGAAAAUGGAACUAUCAAGUCAGUGACACCAGGUGCUUACAGAGUGAAGAUGGCGAAGCAGUGA